AUGGCUUCGCCCUCAGCCACAGACUCUCCAGAAGAGGAGAGCACCGAUGUCCCCGAGGUGACGCAAGCAGAGACGAGAGUGGCCGUGUCACGACUCCGGGCUAAGAACACAGCGCUCGGACCCGACGGAGUUCCUGGUCGAGCUCUCGUCCUGGCUCUGAAGGAGCUAGAGCCCCAGCCGAGGAGGCUCUUCACGGCAUGUCUCGAGCAGGGUCAGUUUCCCAGUGUGUGGAAGGAGGGGAGACUGGUCCUGCUCAGGAAGGAGGGGCGCCCCGCGGACUCACCGUCCGCGUACCGGCCUAUAGUACUGCUCGACGAGGCGGGCAAACUUUUUGAGCGUAUCAUCGCAGAUCGCCUCGUCAGCCACUUGUGCAGAGAGGGGCCGGACCUAGAUGACAACCAGUUUGGUUUUAGUCGCGGGCGCUCCACCAUAGACGGUAUUACACGCGUGAGGGCUCUGGCGGAGGAGACAGUAUCCCGGGGUGGGGUGGUGCUGGCGGUGUUCUUAGACAUCUCCAACGCCUUCAACACCCUACCCUGGAGUUGUAUUCGGGAGGCGCUGCAUUACCAUCGCGUGCCUCCCUACCUCCGCCGUACAAUAGGGGCUUACCUUGAGGAGAGAUGCGUUACCUAUUGGGGACGUGACGGCGCUGGUCGGCGCGUCAUGUCGUGCGGUGUUCCGCAGGGAUCGGUCUUGGGACCGCUCCUGUGGAACAUCGACUACGACUGGGUGCUGAGAGGUGAACUCCUGUCGGGCGCCGACUUGACGUGUUAUGCGGACGACACGCUCAUCACUGCCCGGAGGAAUUCGCACAGGGAAGCAGCGUUGGUUGCCACGGCUGCGGUGUCACAAGUGGUGAACCGCAUCCGGCGCCUAGGCCUGGAGGUGGCCCUAAAUAAGUCGGAGGCCAUGGUGUUCCUUGGCCCUCGACGCGCGCCGCCGCCGGGUUCACACAUCGUGGUCAGCAGGGCCCGGAUAGCUGUCGAGUCCACCAUGUUAUCUGGGAUUGGUGCUUGA